AUGACUUUUGCCCAACUUUUGGAUCAGGUUGGCGGCAUGGGCCGUUUCCAGGUCCUCAACGUGCUGCUGCUUUGCUUCCCGAUGGUCCUCAUGGCAGCCCACAACCUCUUGCAGAAUUUUACAGCAGCCGUCCCCGGGCACCGCUGCCGCACUGGCAUUAACAGCACAUGCGGUGGCAGCAACGUCACCGAAGGCGCAGACUGUCGGGAUCCUCUGAGAGCCUUCAUCCCGACAGAUGGCAACCAUUUGCUGCAGAAGUGCCGUCGCUUCGUCACCACCCAGUGGCACUUCCUUGAGCCCAAUUCCACGGAGCUGGAGAGAACAGAGGCAGAGUUGGAGCCUUGCCUUGACGGCUGGACCUACGAUGGCCAAGUCUUCACGUCGACCAUUGUGACAGAGGUAGGAAGGCCUUAGGUGAGGAUCAGCAAUGCCUCACCACAUUUUUUGGGAUUGGAUUGGUACUGAAGUGGGAUUCUGGAUGCUGGAUUUGUGUAGAUCGGGGGGAACUUGCUGCUAGACUACAGUCCCUGGUCUGGGGUGAUGGGAAUCGCAGUCAGUGCAGAAGUUAAGUGUGUGGGAAGAGGACCUGGGAAACCAGGGUACAAAUCCCCACACAGCUGGGUGACCUUCAGCCAGUCACUCUCUCUUAGACUGGCCUACCUCCCAAGGUUGUUGUGUGGAGAAAGCAGAGGGGGGGGAUACGCAUGUUUGGCCCCUUGAGCUCCUUGGUGGAAAGGCAGGAUACAAAUAAUAAUUAAAUAAUCUGGAGGGUCCCCAACAAUGAUGCAGAUGACUUCCUGUAACAAAAUUUUUCACAAAUAAAGGGGGGGGAGAUAGGCCACAUGUCCACAUUCAAUAUGAAAUAUGACUAUGCCCAAGAUUGAUUUUAAGGGAGCAAUGUUGAGUAGCUAAAUUGUGAUUAUCUAUUUGCAAAAGUUUAGUGAUUUAAAUAAUCCUCCCCCCUCCUGCAAAAAACCCCCCACCCUCUCCUAAUCCAUCAUUCACGUAAGCUCAUGCGAAGAGUCUCCAUAUAAAUAUGGGGGGCUGGGGGGGCGUCUAUUCUUCAGAAGUUGAGGACCAGCUUUGCAGGAGGAAAAUCCCAGGUUCUAUAUCUGGGGUCUCCUGCAUUUGUCUAAAUUCAGCAAUUUCCUACUCAACACAAUUGCCACAAUACAGUGGUACCUUGGGUUAAGAAUUUAAUUUGUUCUGGAGGUCUGUUCUUAACCUGAAACUGUUUUUAACCUGAGGUACCACUUUAGCUAAUGGGGACUCCCACUGCCGCCGCGCCGCCACCACGCAAUUUCUGUUCUCAUCCUGAAGCAAAGUUCUUAACCUGAGGUACUAUUUCUGGGUUAGUGGAAGCAUCUGUAACCUGAAGUGUCUGUAACCCGAGGUACCACUGUUCUUGCCAACGGGAUUUAAGGAUUAAAGUUUUUGCAGUAAAAACUGCCUUGGCCACCUAUGGUUCUAGGAAUGCCUUUUGGAGCUGCGGAGCUUGAGCGCACACCAUCUUCUGUGUGAGAUGGAAAGUUGGAAAAGGAAAUGGAGCUUUAUAGAUACAUAUCCCAAAGUCAACUUUUCUGCUUCGCUUUUCGGAAAAGCCAAGCGAUGGUGAUGCUUCUGUGUUAACCGCCCUCCCCCCCUCCCUCCCGCAGUGGGACCUGGUGUGCGACUUUCGGACGCUGCAGCAGAUGGCCCAGUCAAUCUACAUGGCGGGGGUGCUGGUGGGUGCGGUCGCAUUCGGCGGCCUCUCAGACAAGUAAGGCGUUUCGCGCUUUGAAAGCACGUCGCGAAUGCGCGUCAAAGCGGUUGGUUCUAGCUGGGCCAAGGAAUCCUUUGUUUGUUUGUUUUUAAAAAUCAUACUAGAUUAGUAGAAGCAAAAUGGCAAAUGGCGGGUUGUGGGGACAGGGGCGCCAUCAAAGGGGGGGCUGGGGGGCCCCAUAUUUUCAAGGGAAUUUCGUGACAAUCCUCAAAAGGAUGAGCCAGGAUGAAUAGUCUUUGCCUUGGCGCAUCCCUUUCAUGAAGCUAAUCAUGAAGCCUUUGGCCAGGGCACAGCCUGACUCCCUCCCUCAGCAAUCUUCGCGGAGGUCUGGCCCAAUGGUUGCCAGUGGCUUGAAUUAAUUAAUUUUAUAAUGAAUGAUUUUAGAGUGUUGUUUAUACUGUACUUUUGUAUUGUUUUAUUGUCGUUAGCCGCCCUGAGCCCAGCUUCGGCUGGGGAGGGCGGGAUAUAAAUAAAAUUUAUUCUUAUUAUUAUUAUUAAUCUGGCUGUUUGGGGUGGGGGGGGCAUGAUGGGCCAAGUCGGCCUGGCCGGGUUGGGAGGGCGGCGCAUGUGUGAUGUCACGCCAUGCCCCCCCCAUGUUGGGGUCAACUCAGUGUGUGUGUGUGCAGGGAAGAGGACCACUUUUUUCCUAGGCAGAAACUGACUUUCCCCCAGUCCCAGAGUCUUAUCCGGAUUACAGUGGUACCUUGGGUUAAGAACUUAAUUCGUUCCGAAGGUCCAUUCUUAACCUGAAACUGUUCUUAACCUGAGGUACCACUUUAGCUAAUGGGGCCUCCCGCUGAUGCCGCUGCGCGACUUCUGUUCUCAUCCUGAGGUAAAGUUCUUAACCCGAGGUACUACUUCGGGGUUAGCGGAGUCUGUAACCUGAAGUGUCUGUAACCUGAGGUACAGACUGUGGGCUCAGGGCCAGUGAAAGUAUCCGACUCUGGGCUCAUCUACAUUUUCAUUUGCCCCGUAAUUUCUUCAAUUCGUCCCAUGAUCCUCACAGGUUUUAGUUUUAUCCCAAGGCGAUGAGUGGCAGCGACAUGUAAGGGCGGCUGGCGGCAACAUGCGGGGGGAGGUCAUGUCCUGAUUUGCCCGCCCAGGAUGCUGGCAGCUAUGGUGUGUUCUCUUUACAUUCUCCAGCCAUUAUCGCCUUGGUGCUUCUACAGUAGCUCUGGGGUGGGAAGCCUCAGCCCCGGGGGACAAAUUCUGCCCUCCAUGACUCUCUUUUUGGCCCUCAGGAGCCUCCCCAGCCAGACCCUCCUUGAGUGUUUAUGCCUGGCUGGAGUGCACCCUCAAACUCUGAUACUGCCUCUUGCUUGUCUGGGUCAAGGAGAGAGAGGUGUGUGCAGAAACCGGCCCGCCGUACAAAUAUAAUAUUUGCAUUCCUUGCUCCUCCCACUUUUGCCUCUGGUCCUGCCCACCACAGGCAUGUGGCCCCUGGUAGGUUGCGCAGAAGGGAACGUGGCCCUCAGGCUGUAAAAGCUCCCCCACUCCUUUUCCAGAUCAUUCUUCCAUUCCUGCCGCUUCCAGAUUUCACCCACACAGAGACCACCACCCUGUCUAUAACAAGACUCGUUCCUCCCCGGUUUAGGUUUGGCCGGAAAGCUUUGUUGAUCUGGUCCUGUCUCCAAAUGGCUGUUUCGGGGUCCUGCGCUGCCUUUGCCCCCAGCUUCACAGCUUACUGCAUCUUCCGCUUCCUGUCAGGAAUGGCUCUCUCAGGCAUUGGGCUGAACUGCGUGUCGCUGUGUAAGUAAGUUUCCUCUAGUGGCUGGUUCCAAGACUUAAAACGUUAGCCAAGCAUGCUGCAAAUCUGCCCUGAGGCCUCUGGGCAUGUGCAAAGGGCAUUGUUCUCCCAUUAAUCACAGGCAGUCAUAUCCACCAAAGACAACCAGUUACAGAUGAGAGAGAGUUUGAAUUUGAGUCUUGGAAUCUCUUUUUUCAGUUGUUGUUUUACUGAGAAAAUGGCCGCCUACGCACACUGCCUUUUCUUACAAUAUUAAAUCAGGCGUCACCAACAUGAUGCCCUUGGGCACCCAGGCACCUUUGAGGACUUCCCCUGGAGCUCACAAAGCCUCUGAGCCCCACCACCACCACGCAGGUACUGCCCCCUGCUGGAGAAGGUAGUUGCCCCUUUCUCCUUUGAAAGGUACCUGGAGACAAUGAAGGAAGUUGGAAAUGUGCUGUCGUUUCCUUGUUCAGCUCUAUUUUUCAAGCCUCUGAUUAAUUCUGCUAGAUCUGACUUUUACACAGUUCUCUUGGAAAAUCAAAGGGCUGUUUUCACCUGUAGGUUGAGUAUGCCACUGACACCAACUAUAGGGGACCCUGGGGGCCCAAGCACCCACCCCACGGGGCCUCCGAUGUGAAUUCUGGUGCCUCGUGACCAUCUAAUCUGCACACAUAAUAAAACAACUGAAACAGAGGCAUCCUUUCUCAUUCACACCUCUAAAACCUGGGUACAAAAAAGCACACAAAUACACAUAUAUUCAUGAAAAAUAAAUGGGAAAAUGCAUUGUAUCAGGAGACAUCACUUUGCAAAAAUGUGCAUAUUAGGCAAAAUUACAUACAAACAUUUGUAUAUUAGGAAAACUUCACACAAAAAUGCUGGUGAAUUGUCAUGAGGACUUUUUUAUAUAUAUAAAAGAAACUUGCAAACUGAUGUGGAAACAAGGAGGACUAAUAUUGGUAAAAUGAGAACCUGAGAGAAACGCCAAUCAUCAUUGACGGAUUCACUCAUCCCUAUGCACCAAUGGGGUAAAAUGAGUGAUGACUACUUCCCUGCCUUGUGAUCUGGGUUCAAGUCUGAUUUGUGCACACACACACACCCCAAGGCACUAUGUUGUGUCGUAGUGAGUGUUGCACAGAAUAAGGGAUAUCUGGGUUUAAAUCUCCACUCAUUUAGAGCAUACGAUAUUGGACUAACAAAACCUGUUCUUCAUUAUUUACAUGUGUGAAUUCAAAUCAUGGGAUUAAACUGCCAAAAUAUUUAGAAGUGAUAAAUCUACCUAAAUAUAGCAGUGCCUUACCGUUAGCUAGGUUUGUGUUUUAACUUCUCCACUGCUGCAAAUAAGGUUUUCGGGUGUUCCUUUUGAUGUACAUUUAUGUCCCAGAGGAACUGGAGAAGUUCAAUCUGUCCCAUAUGUUUUAUACGGUGUUUUUUUAUAUAGAAAGGGGGGGGAGGUACUCACCAUGAAAUUGUUACAGUAAAUACCACACUUUUAACAUGGGGAGGGGGGCAGAAGGUGCCAGUACUGUGUAACCUUGAGUGCUUCCAGGAAGAAAGUACUGGUUUUAUAUUUUCUGUUUGACACAGAGUUUAGGUCAAAGUUCUUGUUAGAAACCCCAGGAUCAGUUAGGUGGGUGUUCACUCCUUUGAACAUUGCUAGACGGCAACAUGGGGUUUUCCUCUUCCAGCGGUAGAGUGGACCCCAAUGCAUUCCCGGGCCACCAUCAGCAUGGUGACUGGAUACAGCUACAGCGUCGGGCAGUUCAUCCUUGCCGGCAUAGCUUAUGCCAUCCGCGACUGGCGCUGGCUCCAGCUGGCCGUCUCCUUCCCUUAUUUCGCCUUCUUCCUGUACGGCUGGUAGGUGGCGCUGUGGCCCUGCUCUCUUGUCUGCUGUGAGCGGCAGUGGUGGGAGUCCCUACCCCAAAACACUGACAUUAAUUGUGUGGGGAGGCUGGAGACUGGUGGGUGAAGGCGAGGAAAGCUGAGGUUGUGGGGAAGGAGCUGGGGAGGAAGGAGUGCCUUGAGGGCACUGCAAAGGCAGACACCGGUCAUUUGAGGAGCGGGGGGAGUGUCACAAGGAAGCUUCUGGAAGGGGAGACUGGAUAAGCAAGGAGGAAAAAAAGGGUUGUCUCUUCUCCUCUCUCGCAGUCCCCAUUUAAGCAUGCCACUUUAAAGAUAAAGAUAUAGGGCUUAUCCACGCUUUCCAGGAACAACCCACGCUUUAAAGCUCUGUGUCCGGGCACCCUCUUUCUUUCUCUCCAAAGCUUCUCCCACAAAAAAACAACUCUUUAAAGCUGAAUCGGAGCAAAGAGCAAUCUGCAGAAAACCUGGACUGCCAUUUGCUCCGAUUCAGCUUUAAAGAGCAGGUCCUGUGUUUGCAUCAUUGACAAACAGCAGUGCAACAGUAAAAGCUUCCCCAGCACAUUUUCAGAGGGAAGCUUCAACUGUUGGUUUCCUGCCUUUCCUACAGCCAAGCAUGCUGACUCAGGAGGGUGAUUGACGCAGCUGACAUCGCGUGUGAUGCCGUGGUGUCACGAGUUGCAUCCGGGCAUCAUGCGCGAUGUUGUGAUGCUGCAUGCGAUGCCCAGACGUCGGACACGACACCAAGACACAACGCCAUCGUGCACAAUGUCUGGGUGUCUGGGAGGCUCCUCUGCCGCCGCCUCCUGCCAAUGCCAUGAGCCGGGAGCUGCUCCCCCACCAUGGAGGGGGGAGGGGGGAGGAGCCGCCAUAUCCCGGACAAACAUUGUGGGAACUCUGUCCCCCGCUAACAAAUAUUGGGGUGGGGGUUCAGCCUCUAGGAGUCAGCACCCCUGCUUACAGCCAUUGGAGGCACAGAAGUAUAAGCCCUAAGAGGGGGGAAAGCUAGCUGAACCUAGGGAGGGGCUUGUUGGAGAAGGAGAUGUUGGGGUGCAGGGCAGAGCUGUUAAACAAAUACCCAAGGGCUCCUUCUGUAGAGCAGGAUGGGCAUUACCUAGGGGUUGUAUAUACCUGCUUUCACCUCACCGUGUCCCUGUUCCCCCACCUUGCUGCCUCUCUGUUUUUCUCUUGCCCAGGUGGUUUACAGAGUCUGCCCGGUGGUAUGCCACAGCUGGCAAACUGGACCAGGCACUCAAGGAGCUGCAAAAAGUAGCACGGAUAAAUGGGCAGAAGGAGCAAGGGCAGAAGCUCAGCCUUGAGGUAGCGAGAGAAAGAAACGUUCCUUCCUUUUCUUCCUGGUUUACACUUCUAAGCCUUUAGCAUCUGCACAACACGUAGUGAUUCAGCAGUGCCAGCUCCCCCCAAAAAACAUACACACACAAAAAUGCACCUCUCUGCUGUUAAAAAAACCAAAAAACAGCACCAUUUGAAUAUCUGCCUGCCAAACAUCUACAGGGAACAGGAGCCUGCCUGGGAGUGCAGGUGGGGAAUGGUAGCAACCUUAGGAAGAAGAUGAGGUGGACCAGCCAUCCAAAAAAUGGCUGUGCGUAUUUUGCGACAGUCUUGAUUCCGCAGUCAGGAUACGCUAAUUCUGCAAUCGGGGUGCAAGUUGUGGAUUCGCCUGUUUGGCCUCCACCCUCACUAGCCUGCUGAUCUGUAAGGUUUCCAAUGGGGCUUUCCCCCUACCUCUACCGAAAAAGGUUGAGAAUUGAAUGUGGAACCUUCUUUAUCCAAAGCAUGCACUUGAACGUGGAACUAUGGUCCUUCCCCUUAAACAUUAAGUAAGUUUCCAGGCGUCUUGUCAUUCCAUCCCUAAAUGUGCGGAAUUUGGCCAGAGACCACAGCAGGCAGCAGGCAACCCCUUGUUUGUCUUUUUCUUGCAGGUCUUGAAAGCCAGCCUACAGAAAGAGGCACCCUCCGCCAAGUCCAACUUCACAGCAGCUGACUUGGUGCGAUCGCCUGUUGUGCGACGGGUAACGUGCUGCCUUUGCUUCGUCUGGUAAGUUUGAGGUGGAAGCAGCUGGUGGGAAAGACAAGAGAGGGAAUGAAAGAAGCGGAAGAAGAAAAGCCAGAUCGCUUUAAAGAUCGUUUUCUUGGCUCGGUUAGAGCAGGGGUGUAGUGUGGGGGGCUGGGGGGCUGUGCUUUUUUGAGAGGGGGCACGACCAGCCCCCCCCAGACUCCUUCUCGGACUAACCUACCUCACAGGGUUGUUGUGAGGGACUAAAUGAGGGCAGAAGCCACAGGUGCCACCUUGAGCUCUGUGGAGAAAAUGUUGGGAUAUACAGUGGUACCUUGGUUUUCAAAUGUAAUCCCUUCCAGAAGACCGUUCAGCUUCCGAAACAUUCAAAAACUGAGGCGCAAAGGGAGAAUUCCAAUUUCAAUGGAGAAAAUUGAAAAACAUGCAGCGGAAGCCAUUUGACUUCCGAGGUGCAUUCAAAAACGGAAGGAUUUACUUCUGGGUUUUCGGCGUUCGAAAACCGAAACGUUCGGCUUCUGAGACACUCAAAAAUGGAGGUACCACUGUAAAUGGAACGAUAGGUGGUUGGUUGUAAGUCACUUUGGGUUGGAGGCGACUAACAAAUUUAAUAAAUAAUGGUGCAUAAAGAAUAAUGAUGGAAAACAGAGUCCAAAAACAUCUGGGGGGUCAAAUGUUGAAGAGCACUGAGCUAACUCAGUAUCUACGCUGACAGGAAGCGGAUUCACCUGGUUUCUGACAGGGAUGUCCCUCCGUUCUACCUGGAAAUGCUGGAGACUGAACCUGGGACUUUCUUUACGCAGAGCAAAUGUUCUGCCCCUGAGCCACAACCCUCGGCUUAUUUGUGUGUUUUCCCUGUAUCCGCCACCAGGUUCUCCACCAGCUUCGCCUACUAUGGGUUGGCUAUGGACCUGCAGAACUUUGGGGUCAGCGUCUACCUCAUCCAGGUGAUCUUUGGGGCUGUCGAUAUCCCAGCGAAACUCAUUGCCUUUGUUGUGAUUUGCUACUUUGGCCGCAGGAUCACCCAGGCAUUGACUCUCAUUCUAGCAGGCCUGUCCAUUGCCGGAAACAUCUUUGUCCCCCAAGGUGAGACUCCAGAUAAACCGCAGUUUAGGGGCUCCUCCAGACCAUUGAGCGUUCGUUCUGAUUUGCUUGCACAAAGCUUAUGCGGAAGUUGGAUUUAUUGAGCACUUGCUCCAAUUCGUUUCCUGGGAGGUUAUACGUUGACAACAAAUGUUCAUCUUGAUUUGUUUGCAAGGUGUGCAUCUUCCUGUUAGUCACUAUUCCACCCCAUACUUUUCAAUGUAUGGUACGUCCCCAUCACUUUCCAAACUGCAAACAGUUUGUUUCUUAUUUAUUUGCUCUAUGCAUUAAAUUUAUAUCCCAUGGCUCUUCCUCCAAGAAAAUCCCAGGGCAUCUUAUUUUUUCAAGUGGGUAAUAAUAAUAAUAAUAAUAAUAAUAAUAAUUUUAUUAUUUGUACCCCACCCAUCUGACUGGGCUGACCCAGCCACUCUGGACAGCUUCCAACAUAUAUAAAGACAUAAGUAUGCUGCACUAGGGAUACAGAAUGAUUCCAUCCACUUUAUUUAUUUAUCCACCUAUUGAUUUAUUCAACGUCCACUCUGCCCUUCUUCUUCCUAAAGGAGCCCAGGGUGGCAAACCACCAAGCAGCAAAACAAUACAAUUCAAAAUAAAACAAAACAUGCUUCUGCAAACCUAUGUUUCCUGGUAUGUGCUAGAGUUCCUCCCACAAAAUAGAGAACAGUCUGUUUUUCUACUGCUUGAGGUGUUUGGGUGCCCUCCAAAGAUCUCUUGGGAACUGUAGUCUGGUGAGGGUGCUGAAAGCAGAUUCCUAGGGUUAUAGGCUCCCAACAGGGUUUCCUGUGGAGGAGGAAAGGCUGUUUGUUUUCAGUGUGAAAUGGGAUUAAGUCCUAGAACUGUGUGGCAUAAGACCUUGUGACUGAGACUACAGGUUCAUGCUUCUGGCUCAAAAGCACGUGGAAGAAUAGGUGAAAGAGCCCCUGAGCAUAUGCAGGGUGCAUUUUUCUUACUAACAGCUUCCUUCCUCCAGGCAAAUUUUAAUUCAUUAAUUCAUUUGCUUAUUUUACAUUUGUGCAUAAUACCCAACAGCUAAAGUUUUCUGAGUGAUUUACAGGUAAAAGUGGAAAACCAUAAAACAGAAAACAAGAAGGUGAGGGAGGAACUUUUUGUUGAAAUCACAGCAUAGUGGGAAAGGAUUAAACCACAGCGCCAGCCCUGAUCAGCUCCCAGCCCCAUCCCAACAGCUGUUAUUUUAAAACCACAAGCAGACAUUUUAAAUGCAAUUUCUUAUUUAACAUAAUGCGUCGUUUCACUCAAGGAAAGUGCCUUGACUUCACUCCUGCUGGUGAUGGGAGCAUCAACAUUCACAGUGUCAAUGCCAGUGUUCACCAAAGGUUGCCAAAAACUUAUAUAAUAAGGCUUAAAAUGUGGCUGUUGCCUGCCACCUUCAGGCUGCCACCCUUGUUAUUGGCUGAGCUGCAGGUGAGACACAGAAUGUUCACAAAUGCUCUAAUAGUUCUGAGACGAAGACUGCUGGUGACACAACACUGACAAACUGCGAAAGGUCAUUUGGCUGGUGACAGAGGGAGAAAACCUUAUCUUAAGACUGAGGUGGUGGGGGCAGGAAAUGUAUGCCAAAUGCAAAGUGGAACAGGAAGUCAAAUAAUGGCAAGAAACCAAAGGUCAAAACGGUAACAGAAUUUGUUGGGGGGCUGAAGGGCUCUGAACAAUAGUUGUUUGCAAAAUCAUUUGAGUUGAUCUUCUCCCCAGAUAUGCAGAUCCUGCGCACUGUCUUUGCUGUCUUUGGGAAAGGGUGCUUGGCAGCCUCUUUCAACUGUGUCUUCUUAUACACGGGAGAGCUUUACCCCACGGUGAUCAGGUACCUCAGACUUAGUGGAAGCUCUUAACUGUGGGCCAUUUUAUAUGGGCGGUUAUCCUGGAAUACCGUCAGAACCGUCUUGCGUACCCGGAAAUAAAUGCUGUUUUCGGCGCAAGAUAUCAGCCCGAAGUCAUGUGAGGCACCCAAAAUGGCUGCCGCACUCUUCUGGGAUGUGGGGAAAUGAGAUGUCCCAGCUUUUCCAGGGCAGUUGAUGGGUAUACAAUGCUGCCCACUGCUAUUACUUUUACUUUCUAAAGUGGCCUUUGUGGCCUGAGCACACACAGCUGCGGAAGCCCCCUAGACCCAAGCUAUUUAAGGCAGGCCCAUCUUUUAAAACAGCCAGGUGGAGCCAUCCUUCAAGUAACCUGGCUGCUGUGGAGGCUGGCCCAUUUGGGUGAAUGGGGUGCUGCCCCACCAGUCUCAGUCUGCCAUACGCCAGCCGCCUUCCACCAGUCUUCAUAUUCCCAGCCACCCCAGGGAUUGGCACUGCCUGGCAGCUUCCUCCUCCUCCUCAAUCUCAGUGUUGCUCCAUGUAGAACUCAGCAGGGAGGAAGAGGAGAGCAAAACCAGAAUGAGUCGUCUCUGCCUGUCGUUGGCUCUGGCUCCCCCUAGUGUUGGGCUCCCUGCCUUUUGCCCUACCAGUCCCAAUGAGCACCAGGCACCAAUCUAUUUAGGCCAGCAAUAGGGAGCCUGUGGCCCUACAGACAUUGCUAGACUGCAGCUCCCAUCAUCCUGGGUCAUUAGCCAUGCUGGCUGGGUCUGAUGGGAGUUGAAGUCUGGGGUCAUCUGUUGGGGCAGCACAGGUUUCCCAGGCUUAAGGCUUUUCCCCUUUGUCAACUUUCUGUCCAUUGCAUGGCAGGCAGACCGGGAUGGGGUUUGGGAACACCAUGGCUCGUGUCGGCGGGAUUGUGGCUCCCUUGGUGAGGAUGACUGGCGAGUAUUCCCCAUCUCUCCCCCUUCUGAUCUAUGGGGCAGCUCCCAUCAUCUCUGGCAUUGCCGCCUGCUUCCUUCCAGAGACCCUGAACAUGCCACUACCUGAUACCAUCGAAGAUGUGGAGAACCAGUAAGUAGAUCGGCCUUUUCCCCUCCUCAUUCCUUAACCACAUUUGUUUGCUUAUCAGCACCAACCCUUGGUACCUGGCAUUGUUUGGGAAUUCUGAGAGACCAAAAAACCCCCACAACAAUACACAAAGGGUAUUGGAAAAGGUUCAGAAAAGUGAUGGGAAUUGGUAAGGGGACAUAUUCAUUCUAUAUAAUCAACAAAGAAAAAAUGGCUGUGAGCCUGUCUUCCAAAGUGCAGGGCUUGCACACAGAAAGCCCCAGGAGUUGAGUUUGAAUUCUUAUCCUCUGGGGGGCAUCUGGUUGGCCACUCUGAGAACAGGUUGCUGGACUAGAUGAAUCCUUGGCCUAAUGCAAAAGGUUCUUCUUAGGCUCUUAUUCCAUGUAUCCAAACAUAGACAGAAACCUGGUCAUUGCUCAUGAUACUCUUAAGGUGUUCAAAUAUGUAGCCAACAUAAAGUAGAUGUAUUCAUCACAUGUAUCCAAGAGCUUCUAUCCAAGGACGUCAAGUUGGCAUAACUGGUCCCCCACAAUUUUAUUCACACAACAACCCUAUCAGGUAGGCUAGGCUAAGAGUGAUUGGCACAAGGUCACCCAAUGAGCUUCAUGGCCCUGGUCUCCCAGGUCCUAGUUGGACACUCUAACCACUGCACCACACUGCCUUCCUUCCAUUUAGUAAGCCAUCAGUGGCGGAGAAGUGACUUGCAUCAAGGAAAACACAACAUUCCAGCAUUUUACCUAAAAUAGUCAAAGGACACAUGAAGGUACUUAUGCUAGCAACGCUUAUAGAGCUAUUAUAAUACAAACAGAAGAGAUUGUGCCUUUUCAUGUCAUGAUUCAUACACAGGAAUUGUCAUCAUUUCGGCUACCCCCUCUCUUAAUUCAAAACAUGGAAUGGGCAUCAUUUGGCUUGUCAAUGUAUGCCAACCAUAACUGCAUAAAUUAUCUGCCUAUAUCAUGCAGAUUACCCACAAAGUGUGCAGAUAAUCAACUUACACAGAUGAGACUGGCUUAUGACGCAAAGAAGCUGAAUUUGCUGUUGCCAUUGUCACAUGGUAGACAUGAUAUUAAACUCCCACGAAAAGGCCCAGGGAUAGGUUCCCACAGUUUAGGGACCAAGAGCUGCUGCCCUUAGCACCAGAUUUGGCAAUCAGAUAAAUCGGGUUUGUUUGCUCUAAAACAUCUUUUUACCAUGCAGUUUUGCAUGUUAUUUCCAUUAAGAUACAAAUUUAUAUGCAUGCUGUACAGAAGUACUGGUAUAUGCAUUUCAGUACACUUUGCUUAGCAGAGGAACAGCAUUGCAAAAUUCAGAAAAGCGUGCAUUUCGGAAGAUGGCUGUGGGUUGAUUUGCAUCUUGUUUUUCGAAAGGUAAAUUCCCCUUUAAGUGCAAACAGAAUCGAAUUUCUGCCCAACGCUACGGGGAGGUCAUCUAAUCCAACCCCACCGUGACUCUUAUCUUCUGUUUAAAAUUGCUUUGAGCAAUUUGGUGUGAAGGUAAAGUCUGCAUUCAGGCCCUGGAUUACCUCCGUUAAUUUGCAGGGACAAAUGAUUAACUCAAGGUGCCUAAAAACGGAAUAACCUUGGACCCCACGGAAAUUUCCUCCUGCAAAUUUGGGGGAAUGGCUGCAUAUUCCUGAGAGAGAAGUGAUACUUGCUUUCUCUUUGCUGAUCAGCAUCUUGACAUUUGAAUCCAAGAGUGUGGCAGAGCAGUCGCCAGCUCCUCUGCUAGCUGAAAGACUAGUGAGGGGAAGCAGUCCAGUUGCCGGCUGCACAUACCCCUUAAUCAAAAAAAUACCCCAGAUCAGUACAGAACUCAAGGAAAGCUUUUCUUUUUCUUUUUUAUUAAUUUAUUUAACAUAAUUAUUACAAAAUCUUGCAAAUACAUACAUACAUACAUACAUACAUACAUACAUAUUUCAGAGAAGCACACAUAUAUAAAAAAAGAACAAAAGAGGGGAAAAAGAAGAAAAAAUAGAGAGAGAAAAGAAGAAAAGUUGGAAGAAUUUCUUCCAAAUUUAUUCUACAAAUAUCUCAAUAUGAAAAUAUUAAUAAAAUUUCAUUGACUGAUUUGUGUGAGAUUGUAUGGGAAUAAUAUGGAAUGACAGAUACAAUCUUCCUUAAAAUGUAUAUAGGAAGUGCAGUGUAAGCGAUGGAAGUCAAUCAAGGAAAGCUUUUCAACACAUCGCCUGGCACGUUCAUGGAAAUCCCAUGGGGGGGGAGUGCUGCUGUACUGCUUGGGGGCUUUCCACGGGGGCAUCUGAGUGACCACUGUGAGACUAAUGGGCCUUUGGCCUGAUACUGCAGGAAUCUUCUUACAUUCUUAUGGCAGAACAACCUCCCUUGAGCAAACAGCAACUCCAGCUGAAGUCAGCUUGGAUUACACGGACAAGAGGGUCCCGUGUGCCUCUUAAAACAUCUCCUGCCUUCCAAAAUACUUUUUUUUAAAAACGGAAACGCAAGCCUGAAGUUCAGAGGCCUUUAGUAUCAAAUCCAGUAGGACUAUGUGGGGAAACAAAGGUUAAACUAGCUAAGGCACACCUGCUCUAAAGACCUAUCCGGGCCUUCUAAUCCAGGGGGAGGGCCGGGGGGGGCGUAGCCCCAGGCACAUGGUUUUGAAGGGGUACGAGGCAGGCACCCCCAUGCAGGGCUCCCCACCCUGCCUGCCGCCAGAGGACUCUGGACCCUCGAGCCUAGCCUUGCUGCUGUGUCCCAAGUCUCCUCGCCAAGGGCCAGCCGGCCAGCCUCCCCUCUGCAGAGGCACGCAGAUAAUAAUAAUAAUAAUAAUAAUAAUAAUAAUAAUAAUAAUUUAUUUAUACCCCGCCCAUCUGGCUGGGUUUCCCCAGCCACUCUGGGCGGCUUCCAACUGAAUAUUAAAAACAAUAGUGUGUCAGACAUUAAAAACUUCCCUAAACAGGACCGCCUUCAGUUGUGGUACAGGUGGUACAGGCUAAGCCCCAUGAAUCUUCGGUGUCCUGAGCAGCAGCAGUGAAACAUUAGCUGGCUUGGCGAGUUUUCUUCACCCUCCAUCCCCAGCCCCUCAUUUUCUUAUUGAGCUGAGCUAGGGAGGAGUCAGUUUGUAAGAUUACCUGGACCUAAGCAGAAGGAUUUGCAGGAACCCAUAAUAUUCCCCCAAUCGUCUCUCUCUCUCCCCACCCCCAUCCAGCUUCAUUAUUUGUCUUCUUCUAGGAACUUGGAGCAGCAGAAAGGCGACGAGGGCUGCAAAGGAACCCCUUCCCAUCAGGACGACAUUUUCCUGGACAUGAGAAUGUUUAAAGAUCCCAGGCCGCUUGAAAACACAGGAAAAGGAGAUGGGGCAGCCGCCGACCCAGCCAAAAGUAGCUGAGCCUCAAAGGUGUGGCCCCGGGCGCAGCAGGGCCUCCACUGCCUGCAAUGUACCACCUUCAACAAUUAAAAAAAACCGUAAAGUGCCUUCUUCCACCAGCAUAGCAAAGUCGAGACAUUCUGUUAAUCGUAAUAGGCUAGGACACCAUUCUAGCCUGGCUGACAUGUCCAAGUGUGAAAAACUCACAGCUGGGGACCUGCAAAAAAGUGGGGGGGGCCAAUCCUCAUCUCCUUAAAGGGCUUCUUGUGUUUGAGGAUCUGGCCAGCCAUGCCCUCCACCCUGCAAGGACACUUUAAGGUGGAAGGGGCUUAGGCUAGUCUCUGCUGCAGGGACCCACCAAAUCUCGUUUUUCCAGUUUACCAGUUCAGUUCCUAGCAUGUCUAC